CGAAAACCCAACACCCACCCACAAAAUAUUCCCACCAUAUUUAGAGCAGCCUGUAUGUUUGAUCGAGAUAAUAAUCCAAGUUGAAGAGUCAACACGGCGGAGCCCCCGUGCGAGCCACUCGGCCUUCGCUCCCUGACCGCGCAGCACCCUCACUGAGCACAGGAUCAGCUCCUGGACGGAACAUAUCCUCACCAGCGUACACCAAGAUCAACAUGUGGUGGAGUUUGGCUCUCAUCGUGACCUGCGCGUCAGCCCUGGACGUGCCGGCGCUGCCGCCCGGGGAGGCCCCGGAGCCCAUCCUGACCUUCAUGGAGCGAACCUACAAGCCUGGCCGAGCCCGCGCCAACUACGAGGCAGGGGAGCCGCUGCUCCUCACUCCUUUCAUAGAGAAGAAUCAGCUGCAAGAGGCGAGGGAAGCUGCGGCUGUCAACCCUGACUAUCUGCUGCCUGAUAUGGAUAGCUAUGCUGGGUAUUUGACGGUAAACAAGGAGUACAACGCCAACCUCUGGUUCUGGUACUUCCCGGUGACGGACGCGCCGGUGUCGGAGACCCCGUGGAUCAUCUGGCUGCAAGGAGGGCCGGGCGCCAGCUCGUUGUAUGGACUGUUUACGGAGAUAGGGCCGUUUGUGGUCACUGCAGAUAAUACGUUGGAAGAGAUACGCUACUCGUGGGGCAAGAACCACUCGCUGCUGUUCAUAGACAACCCGGUGGGCACGGGCUUCAGCUUUACGGAUGACGACCGCGGCUUCGCUACCAACCAGACUACGAUCGGCGAGAACCUGUACUGCGCGCUGCAGCAGUUCCUCACGAUGUUCCCGGAGCUCCGCAAGGCUCCCCUCACCAUUGCGGGGGAGUCGUACGCCGGGAAGCACAUCCCGUCCCUGGCCAUCCAGGUGCUGUGGAACCGAGACCACGAUGAGCCGGUGAAUCUUCAUGGCCUAGCAAUAGGAAACGGCUUCAUGGACCCUCUGAGUCUGCAAGAGUACAGCUACUUCGUGCGCGAGGUCGGCCUCGUGGACGACAAGGUCGCCAACCACAUGAAGCAUCUCGAGAUGGCGGUCAAGCAGUUCAUCAACGAAGGCGAGAUGAUCAAGGCUUAUGCUUAUUACAACUACCUCCUCAACAUCUUCAUACGAGAGGCUCAUAACGACAACUUGUACAACUACCUGCAAGACGCGACCAGUCUGGACGGGGAAUACACGGACUACAUCCAACAGAAUGAAGUCAGGAAGGCGCUGCAUGUUGGCAACACAACCUUCACGUCCAUCGGAGUGGUGUACCGGAAACUGGUGCCUGAUUUCAUGAACAGUGCUAAAGUCUGGAUAGAAGAGCUCCUCGAAAACUAUCGGGUUAUGUGUUAUAAUGGCCACUUGGACAUCAUAGUAGCCUACCAUCCUUCCGUGCACACCUACAAUGCCUUUGAGUUCUCAGGCACCGCCGAGUUCAAGGAAGCCAAACGCCUCCCAUGGUAUCAUGACGGCCAAUUAGCUGGCUACUACAAAACAGCUGGCAACUUCACCGAGGUGAUGAUCCGUGGUGCUGGACACAUGGUGCCGGCUGACAAGCCCGCAGCUUCCCUGGGGCUCAUUUCGGCCUUCGCUCGAGGGAUCAGCUUGAAGGACGACACCGGGAGUCUGGUGGCCCCAGAGAGAAACGUGCUACGAAGCAAACCACUGCCGCUCAAGAUCUAGAUAUAAAUUAAUUUAGUUAAGUGUAAUUUUAAGGAUUAAUUUAACUUCCUGUAGGACUGUAGGAAACAAGACUGUAGGUGUUGGUGCUUUAGAAAUAAAAAUCUUUGACUACUUA